AUGGCUGUCAUACUCCUUUGCAGGUAUUGUUUAGCCGGCUAUCUUCUUUUUUUCUUCCUCAAUUCUUCUAUUUAUCCUUUCCUCAGUUCUACCUUUUAUCUGACUCAGUUCUUCUUUUUAUCCUUUCCUCAGUUCUUCUUUUUAUCCGCCUCGUUUCAACUUUUUAUCCUUUCCUCAAUUCUUCUUUUUAUCAUUUCUUCAGUUCUUCUUUUUUAUCCUUUCUUCAGUUCUUUUUAUCCUUUCCUCAAUUCUUCUUUUGAUCUUUUCCUCAGUUCUUCUUUUUACCCUUUCCCCAGUUCAUUUAUUUAUCAUUUCUUCAGUUCUUCUUUUGAUCCUUUCCUCAGUUCUACUUUUUAUCCUUUUCUCAGUUCUUUUUAUCCUUUCCUCAAUUCUUCUUUUGAUCCUUUCCUCAUUCUUCUUUUGAUCCUCCUCAGUUCUUCUUUUGAUCCUUUCCUCAGUUCAUCUUUUUAUCCUUUCCUCAGUUCAUCUUUUGAUCCUUUCUUCAGUUCUUCUUUUUAUCAUUUCUUCAGUCCUUCUUCUUAUCCUUUCCUCGGUUCUUCUAUUUAUCCUUUCCUCAGUUCUUCCUUUUAUCAUUUCUUCAAUUCUUCUUUUUAUCCUCCUAAGUUCUUCUUUUUAUCCUUUCUUCAGUUCUUCUUUUGA